AUGGCUCCAUUGUCACGGAGACGAACGUUCUCGGCUCGAUCGAUGGCGCCACUACGAAACUCCCGAAAUGGAAAUACAACCCCAACCGAUGGACCUCCACUGAAGAAGCGCAAAUACAUCCCUGGUGGACCUGGCGGCGGUGGCAGGUUUAUCGAGAUAGAUGCCGUUGUUGAACGAAAACCACCGCUAGCUGCCGUCGUGGAACCGGUCGUUCCAGCCCAGAGUCAACCUUCUCCACGUCCUCGACGCGAGAUCGCCCCUGCUAUCGUCAGCACCCCGCUUCCCAUGACCACUCCGCCUUCUACUCGUCCUCGCCGAGAACGUACCCAGAGCCGAGGCCGCUAUAGUUCCGCGACUGCUGCUGCUUUGGCUCUCCAACAAGGUGAUGGAUAUAAACCUCGUGAGGAACGCGGCUGGGAAGAGUUUCACCCUGAUCUGGACAUUGAAGCCAAAUUUGCAGUCUUCAGUGCCGAAGAAGUGGAUGGUGCCAAUAAACCACAACAACCUAUUACAAAUAAUCAGCUUACCAAUGGGGUAUCUAUGACCUCCCAUGGUGACGAUGCCUCUACAAUCGCCACUCCAGCCAUCCCCCAAACACCUCCCAAACGACGCCCGGGUCGUCCUCCACGGCGACCAGAUGCGAUGCUCAGUGCUAUUAUAAGUCCUGAACAGCCAAAGGUCGUUCCACCUCCGGGCCCGAAUCCUCGCGAACGGCUAACCCUUCCGAAACCGAACUUUCACCUACGUGAUCCAUUUGUCCGCUACGAGCAGAAAGGCGUCAACCAGCAAAAUUACGUGGAUCGUACAAUGGCUAGUGUUGGCUACCAAGAAAGUGACUUGUUUGUACGCCACGAUCGUCGACUGAUUCGUAUGGCCGAAGGGGCUAUUGAAGAAGAUCUAGAUCUGGAUCCACCUGUCACGGAUGGCGAUACAAACGCGGCGAUUGGCUCUUUGGGUGUUGGAAGGGUGGAAUAUGAUAUGGACGAACAAGAUGAGAAAUGGUUGGAAGAUUACAACAAUAGGCGGAAGGCUGAUCAGCUGGAAGCGAUCAAGCCUGCCGUUUUUGAAAUUACCAUGACCAAGAUUGAGAAAGAGUGGUAUGCGCUAGAAAAGAAAAUCCCGAAGCCGAAUCCGAAGCCACCUCAAACACAACGUCCGCGCUCAAGCUCUGCCGCCGCUGUCAACGGUGAGCCAGUGGGAGAUGGUGAAGAACAGGACAGCAAAUGUGCAGUUUGCGAUGACGGAGACUGCGAAAAUUCCAACGCUAUUGUUUUCUGUGAUGGAUGCGAUCUUGCUGUGCACCAAGAAUGUUAUGGCGUUCCAUAUAUCCCGGAAGGUCAAUGGCUAUGUCGAAAAUGCCAAUUGAUUGGACGCGGGUCUCCAAACUGUAUUUUCUGUCCGAAUACUGAGGGCGCCUUCAAACAAACAAACACAUCAAAGUGGUCACAUUUGCUUUGUUCUAUCUGGAUUCCGGAAGUGGGUAUCGGUAACCAGUCACUGAUGGAGCCCGUCACCGACGUCGAGAAAGUACCCAAGAGUCGAUGGAAGCUUCAGUGCUAUAUUUGUAAGCAGCGAAUGGGCGCCUCAAUCCAGUGCAGCAACAAGAAUUGCUUCGUCGCGUUCCAUGUCACGUGUGCAAGACGCUCUCAACUUUAUUUAAAGAUGAAGUCUGCCCACAAUUCGGCAAUUAUGGAUUCUCACCUAUUGAAAGCCUUUUGUCACAAGCAUGUCCCGCCUGACUGGCGAAAGGAACAUGGCACUGAUGCCGCCUACGCUGAAGCCGUGGAAUACUACAAGAAUACAAUGCAUGGCAAAAGGUGGGGCGAUAGUCAGGCAGCUGCUCUUGCACUUGGUCCGUCUCUUCCAGAUGGGAGCGAAGCGAUGGAGAGCCAUGCUCAUCAUGGUCCAAAUAUCCAUUUGACCUUUAAUGUAGGAGGUAAUAAACGGAAACGGACGACUCCAUCGAAACCUACAUGGAAGUUGGCUUCCGGGGCACCGGUCAUUCCCCAGACAGUGCUGAACUCUGUCGUGGCUUCGUUGCAGCGUUUUUCUGUGCGCCAACGGAAACAGUAUGCCGAGGAUGCCUGCAAAUACUGGACCCUGAAGCGAGAAGCCCGGCGAGGAGCUGCUCUGUUGAAGCGCCUUCAGCUUCAGCUGGAGACAUUCUCGUCGAUGGAGAUGACUAGACGCAAUUUCGCUGGCAUGGGCCACAUUGGCCUGUCGCGUCUCCAGCGCCGUAUCGAUUUUGCAGAAACCUUAUCUUCCGAUGUUGAAAGAGUUCGUGCUCUUUGCGCCGACGUGAAGGAACGUGAGAGUGCCAAGCUCGAAGACGUUGAGAUGCUCCGCAAUAUUAUCGAUACCGUUUACUUUCCUAUACCUCCAUUGUUGUGGCCGAUAUUUGAGAAAAUUCAGACUCUCGAUCCCAAAGGUGUAUUUCGUGCACCUCUACAAGCUGUCCGCACUCGCUUGGAAUCACGAUACUACACAAAUGUGGCGGUAUUCUCUGCCGACCUGGCACAUAUCUUCACCACCGAGAUAGGUGCUCAGCCAGUUGAGGAUACAGCGGAGCUUCAGCUGCAGAUUAGUGGACGCGCACCUGAGCUUACACUAGACCAGCGCGAGAAGAGAAAAUUGGCAAAGAGGGUUAUCAAAUCGAUCCAACCAUUCCUCGAGGACGCCAUCCGGAAGGAAACUGAACUGAGCGGCUUGCCAUUCGAAAAGGAACUUAAAGAGCUAGACAAUAUCUUUGAGAGUGGGGUUCUGUCACGAAGAAUAUCUGUGGUAGACGCUCUCGAUACUACAUCCGACCACGCUGUGGUGACGAACGGGUUGCCUGCCGUUGAGUCUGACGGGCAUGUAGAGAUCCGCAACCCCGACACAGCAGCACAAACGCAAACACCGGUAGCCGACAGGGACGUUGACAUGUCUGAUGCGGGUGAUAAGUACAGCCAAGCCACAAACGCUAUCAUCACCGCACCCUCCAGUGACAGAGCUGGAGAUGAGUCAAUGGAAGAAUCUGAAAUCAUCGCUGAUAGCAUGGCUGGCGAUAAGGUCAAAAAGGACGACGAAAGUGUGGUUUCCCAGCCAGAUGGUCAUGCUACAAGAGCAGCACGAGGUCCAUUGACACCGCCAUUGAGCUCACAGGGAGAUCAACAACAGGGGCCACUUGCUCAAGGAGGCAUUCAAUGGUAUAUGCAGCCGUUUGACCCUGUUGGCACGACCAUACAUGAAGAGCGGUGGACUGGCCGGGACGUCCUCCGUGGCAUGAGCGAGGAACUGAGCGAGCUCGACGAGGACGAGCUUGAGGACUUGGGGGGCGAUGAGAGCAAAGAUGAGAUCAAGGGGGAACCGGAUAAAGUCAAUGGAGAAGCCCCUGAACCUGCGAAUGUUCGUCGGACACGCCGACGGUAUCGGGGAUUCAGGUAG